AUGGAGCACCUCUUGGAGCACCAGGAAGGAAACCUGGGUUCUGACCGUAGAACAUUGGAGCAACAAAUUGUCCCAUACCUCCUUGGGCAGCAGCCUAGCAACGUACAAUGGCUUUCCAGCCACCAUUCUUUGGUGCAUCUCAGUGAUGGCCUUGGUGGCCUCCUCUGGAGAGCUGUAGCAAACGAAACCGAAUCCCUUGGAUUUUCCAGAAUCGUCAAACAUCACCUUGGCAGAGGUGAUGGUUCCGUAUGGCUUGAACUCUUCCUCCAACUUGGCAUCGUCGAUGGUCUCGUCCAAGUUCUUGACGAACAAGUUGAAGCCUUGGUACUUAUUAAGUUGUUCUUGUCUAGCAGAUUCGUAUUGGUGCUUCAAAGACUCGAGUCUCUCGCUCUUCUUUUGGGCUCUUCCAACGUAAAGCUUUUGACCGUCAAUCUCCUUGUCGUUAAGUUCAGCAACAGCCUUGGCAGCGUCCUCGUGGGACUCGAAGUUCACAAAACCGAAACCUCUGGACUUUCCAGACUCGUCCUUGUUAAGGAAAAGAGAGCUGAUGGUACCGAAAGGAGCAAAAGUCUCCUUCAACUUGGCCUCGUCCCAAGAAAGGUUGAUGUUCUUGACGUAGACGUUGGUGUAGUUGGCAAUCAACUCGCGCAUCUUGGACUGUCUGUCCUUUUUAGCAAGGUGGUGAGCAACGUAAACCUCGUGGUCGUUCAAAAGCAUACCGUUAACGUUCUCAAUGGCAGCUUGAGCGGACUCGGAGUCCUCGUAGUGGACGAAACCAAAACCCUUGGAGUUUCCGUUCUCGUCAGUGGCGAUCUUACAAGACAAGAUCUUACCGAAAGCAGAGAAGGUGUCGUGCAAAGUCUUGUUGUCGAUAGCAGGGUGGAGGUUCUUGAUGAAAAUGUUUCCAGAACCGUUUCUUCUGAAAGAAGGAUCUCUUUGGGACCACAUGAUUCUGCAGGCCUUGCCCUUGAUAGGUGUGUAAUUGAGUUCUUCCAAUGCCUUUUCACCAUCCUCGUGACUUUGGUAGUUAACGUAACCGUAGCCAAGAGAUUGUUUGGAGACAGCGUCUCUACAGACUCUGAUGGUGGAAACCUGUCCAAUAGGCGAGAAGACCUCGAAAAGAUCGGAUUCGGUGACAGAAGGGUCCAACUCACCCACGUAAAGGGAGGCCAGGGUUUCCGAGUUUUGGGUAGACUCAGCGGCUGA